AUGUCAUUGAACAAACCAAGAUCCGUCUCGCUGCACAUCUCGCCCAACUUCGGAUACUCCGCCCUGACCCUCGACCUGGCCAUCCUCGACGUCGUUGCCAAAGUAUCAGCCUCGGAACCAAGCAUACACCAAGCUGAGAUAUGUAGUCGCAGUAGCGAGUCGUACCUCCAAUCCCUUCAGCUAAAUUCAUCGGACGCCUUGGAGAACUCAAUAGUUCUCGGCUCCAUCGCGGUCAAAUACGUUCAGACAGACGACCCUAACCGAGGAAUCGUCAUCAGCAUGUUUGCACGGGCCGUUGUCGAUACGCCCAAUCGACCCCUUCACUUCGACGAUUUGGGUUGUUCCCUCCGCGACCGAUAUUUUCGUCAUCACAAGCCGGUCGACUUCGAUGCCGCCCAACUCGCCGUUGGGAGCGCGACAGCAAUCCCUCAUUCCGGCGAACCUGGGGAUAAGGCGUUGUUCGUGCAGGUGCAGGACAACAGGCGCUCCUUGCUGGAGGAGAGGCUCGACGCUCACCUGAAGGCCAUAGCAUGCGUUACCCCCGAAUAUCGAGGCGUUGUGCAGAUCCUCUAUCGGCACCUUGUCGAGACCUAUCUCGAUCUCUACCCGAUUGAUGGAAUUGCCCUGUCAUUUGGGUUCAGAAGAAAGGUCGAGGAGGCCAUCAAGGCGUCUGGAAAACGGUAG